AUGGAAACGGUGCAGGAGCUGAUCCCUCUGGUGAAGGGGAUGAUCGGCCAGAAGCCGAGCCGCCGGCUGGUGAAGGUGUACGUGCUGGGCGGCGUGCUGGCCCUGUUCGGCGUGGUGCUGGUGCUGGUGGAGACUGUGUGCAGCCCCUUCACGGCCGCCAGCCGCCUGCGGGACGAGGAGGCCGCCGUGGCCGAGCUGCGCGCCGCCCGGGAGCGCCAGGCCCUGCACACGCAGGCCCUGCAGGAGAAGGAGAAAGGCAAGCAGCACGACGCCGCCCUGGGCAGCCGGGCCCUCGCCCACCGGCAGCACGCCUCCUAG